GUCUCGGGCGUCCGCCACAUCAAAGUGUCGCAGUCUUUCUCCCAAGCACAUCCUCUGUGACAGAUUGACGGCACCCCUAGCGCUACGAUAUGGUCGAUUCAGAAUCCAAGAAGAAACCCUCCAUUCCCUCAUGGCAGCAGCAGUACAACUCGGAACCAAAAGACGGGCCUCCUGCCUCCGAUGACCAAACUCCCAAUCCCAGCACAGCACCACCGUCACCGGGUUCACAACUACCUUUACUUGAGCAAGCUCGGCAGUUCCUCGAAGAUGAAACAAUAAGAGACGCGUCACGCGAACGCAAAGUCGCAUUCUUGGAGAAGAAAGGCCUACAAUCAGAAGAGAUAGAAAAGCUCCUUGGUCCUGAACACUCCGACUCCCUGCCAACCUCUGAUGAGGGCUCUGAACUGAAAAUCAUACAUGACAGCAGCCAGACGGAGGCUUCAGAUGGAAAGGAGACGGAGACAGCCUCAAAGUCGACCAUUGAGGAAGCACCAUCGCAAUCCUCUACUGCCCCGCAGAAGCGAGACAUUCCUCCCAUCAUCACCUAUCCAGAAUUCUUGCUGAAGCCUCAGAAACCACCUCCGCUGGUCACUUUCGAACGCCUUGCUCAUGCAGCGUACGCUUUCGCCGGCGUGUCUGCCUUGACAUGGGCUGCAAGCAAAUACAUUGUGCAACCUAUGCUUGAAUCCCUUACGGAAGCACGCCAUGACCUUGCUGAAACUGCAAAAACAGACCUUGAAACUCUCAACAAGAAACUCGAAUCCACCGUUUCUCACGUUCCCUACAUUCCGACCAGCACGGUUCUGCAGCAACAAAAAGCCCAAGAUGGGGACGAUGUUGAAUCCGUGGAUUCAGACCCAACAGAACUGUUCCACCGCGAUGUCGCAACACAGACCUCCCCUCGGCCCUCUCGAUCCAUGUCAUUCUCCUCCUUCCCAGACAAUGACUACCUGUCCGCACAAGAUCCUACAACCUCACAGUCUUCACGAUUGCGAUCCUUGCACUCUACACUCUUCUCUCUGCUGAACUCUCAAAAUAAUAGCUAUUCCCAAGACCGUCUGAAAGACUCUAUGAGCGGCUUCCAAGCUGUCCUCGACAAACUCGAAGCAAGUCACAAUCCGUUUCACGUCGAUUUCAUGGGAUCAUUCACCACCUACAGCGGACCUGGAUCAACGGCGGCCACGGGCACAGAUACUAAACAAAAGAAGCAAGCGGCGGUCAAUGAGGCGACAAAGUUCAAGAACGAGAUCCGCGCGUUGAAAGGCGCUCUGCUCAGUUCGAGGAAUUUCCCCACACCGAGGCCGGCACAGCCAUUCACAUUACCUCCAAGAUGAAAGCUGCUGGGCAAGUGUAAUAGAUUAGGAAAGGACUUCGCUCUGUUUAGAAGCGACUUUGUCUACCCAGAUACACAAGGUCAUUCUUUUGUGCUUCUAAUGGUGCAAACUAAUCCCAAACCUUGGUUUUAUCUCACAAGAUCAGAAAAGAGCCACCCUUUGUGCUUUCUUCUCAAUCUCG